AGAAAAUCAAAGCAACGAUUCAAAGAAAUAUUUGUUAGUGAUGGAAUACGCCAAUAAUGGUACUCUUCGAAACUAUUUAGGCAGUUGUUUUAAAAAUCUUACUUGGAUUAAUAAAUUAAAUCUAGCAUCUCAGCUAGUUAAUACUAUAUUAUUCUUACAUCACGAAGGAAUUGUGCAUCGCGAUUUGCACUCUAAUAACAUAUUAGUUCAUAAGGAUACUAUUAAAUUAGCUGAUUUUGGAUUAUCAAAAAGGAUUGAUGAAUCAUCCAAUAUUCAAUCAAGAUUAUUUGGAAUGGUUACUUAUGUUGAUCCACAAAUAUUUAAUAGAAAAAGAGAUAACAACAAUCAAGUUCAAAUAUAUUCAUUAAAUAAAAAGAGUGAUGUUUAUAGUAUUGGUGUACUCUUAUGGGAAAUAUCGUGUGGGCGCCCACCUUUUUGUAAUGAACUAUAUGAUGUUGGUUUGGCUAUGGAAAUAUUACAUGGUCUUAGAGAGAAACCCAUUCCCAAUACACCUGAAGAUUAUAUAAAAAUAUAUACUGAUUGUUGGAAUAAUGAACCAGAUAAUCGUCCAACUAUCAACCAAGUUGUUGCAAAAUUAAAUACAAUUAUUUUAAAUGAAAAUGUCCAAUUAUCAAGCGAACAGCAGAAAACUCCUAGAAAUAUUAUUAAUAAUUCAUUGCAUGGAGAAAUGUCUCAACUUAUUCAAAAUUUUAAUAAUAUGAAUACAAAAGAAAUGGAUACUACAAUAUCAUCAGAG